AUGGUGAACGUUGACGUACACCCAAGUCCGCUGCCGCCUCCUUCACAGAGAGUGCAAGAUGACGAUGUCUACGAAGGUGAAGAUCCAGACGCCGCUGGCAAGAACAUGUCCCCCGCUAGAUAUGCUGCGACCAGAAUUACAACAUUGAAGCCACCGAUGGCAAAGGCUCCCAAUCCAAUUAAGCUGCUGGGCACGCUCUCCACCCAGCAAUGGAUGUUUUUCCUGGUCGCCUUCCUGGCAUGGUCGUGGGAUGCCUUUGACUUCUUCACUGUGUCCCUCACAGUCUCCGACCUGGCCGAAGACUUUGGCAAAUCAAACACUGACAUCACAUGGGGUAUCACCCUGGUCCUGAUGUUUCGUUCUGUCGGAUCAACUAUUUUCGGGAUAGCUGCUGAUCGUUAUGGUCGCAAAUGGCCGUUCGUCGUGAACAACAUUCUUUUCAUCGUGCUUGAACUUGGCACUGGUUUUUGCAAAACCUAUAAGCAAUUUCUGGCGGUCCGCGCUCUGUUUGGUAUUGCCAUGGGUGGCUUGUACGGCAAUGCAGCUGCCACAGCUCUUGAAGAUUGCCCCGAAGCCGCACGUGGUAUUCUAUCCGGAAUGCUCCAACAAGGCUACGCCUUCGGCUACCUCCUUGCCACUGCCUUUGCACGAGCGCUAGUCAACACCACCUCGCACGGAUGGCGACCGCUUUUCUGGUUCGGUGCUGGCCCACCGGUCCUCAUCAUCCUAUUCCGUCUCUGUCUUCCAGAGACCGCCACCUUUCGGGCUCGUCAAGCUAUCCGCAAGCAACAAGGUAGUCUGGCAUCGACGUUCGUGGCCGAAGGCGAGGUUGCCCUCAAGAGGCACUGGCUGCUUCUCUGCUAUUUGGUUCUACUCGCCGCUGGACUCAAUUUUGCCAGCCACGGUUCGCAAGAUCUGUACCCGACACUGCUCUCAAAUCAGUUCAAAUUCUCCCCAGACGCCGUCACAGUGACUCAAGUCGUGGCCAAUCUGGGCGCCAUGACGGGCGGUACGAUUGUUGGUUACUGCUCGCAGAUUUUUGGACGUCGACUGAGCAUUAUGGUCAUGUGCGUGAUCGGAGGUGCUCUGCUCUAUCCGUACACCUUUGUCAGCUCCAAAGCCGUCAUCGCAGCCGCAUUCUUCCAACAGUUCUGCGUCCAAGGUGCGUGGGGCGUGGUUCCCAUCCAUUUGAUGGAACUUUCGCCAGGCUCCAUCCGCACCUUUGUGGUAGGAACUUCCUAUCAACUCGGAAACCUGGCAUCUUCGGCCUCUUCAACUAUCGAAUCCACCAUCGGCGAGCGAUUUCCCCUCGACCCGAUCCACAAGGACGGCAAGACGAUCAAACGCUACAAUUACGGUUUGGUCAUUUGCAUUUUCAUGGGUGCGGUAUAUGCGUACCUGUUUCUCAUGACGUUUAUCGGACCGGAAAGGAGAGGCCGCAAUUUGAGCGUCGAGCAUGACGAGGAUAUGGCUGAGGUCACGCACCGCGACUUGAGACAUCAACAGGAUGUCCAUAUUGCCCAUGGAGAUUCGAGCGAAGAGGAGAAGGCAGUGAGACAUGAGCAAGAGAAGAUUUGA